AGCCCACGGUAUCCGGGUGCUUUGGGCCACCAAGAUGGCGCUGGCUGUGGUAACCCGGGUACCCGCUGCGGCUAGAGCCGGACCCGGGAGCCCAGCUCUGGGUAUAGAGUAGUGCUCUUCUGGCUACGGGGCUGCCCCUGAGCGUUCGCAGUUCCCCGGACCUCGGGGACACCUGCGUCCUUCCUCCCCGGCGCGUCCAUGAACUCCGUGUCGCCGGCUGCGGCGCAGUACCGCAGCGGGAGCCCGGAGGACGCGCGCCGGCCCGAUUGUCGCCGGCCGAGGGGACAAACCCGGAUCCCGGAUCCCAGCAACCUUGGACCUUCGGGGUCUGGCGUGGCAGCUCUCGGCUCAACUGGAACUGACCCCGCCGAGCCUGACGAGGUGGACAAGUUCAAAACCAAGUUCCUGACAGCCUGGAACAACGUCAAGUAUGGUUGGGCAGUUAAAAGCCGGACCAGCUUCAGCAAGAUCUCCAGUGUUCAUCUCUGCGGCCGAUGCUACCAUUUCGAGGGAGAGGGUGACAUCCAGCGGUUUCAAAGGGACUUUGUAUCUCGACUAUGGCUUACAUAUCGCCGGGACUUCCCACCCCUAGCUGGAGGGAGCCUGACCUCAGACUGUGGCUGGGGAUGUAUGUUACGAAGUGGUCAGAUGAUGCUGGCCCAGGGCCUGCUCCUGCAUUUUCUGCCUAGAGACUGGAGGUGGGUGGAGGGCACAGGAUUGGCCUCCUCUGAGAUGCCAGGGCCAGCCUCUCCCAGUCGAUACCGAGGGCCUGGUCGCCGUGGUCCUCUGCGAUGCACCCAGGGUGCACUGGAGAUGGAACAGGAUCGCUGGCACCGGCGGAUUGUUUCCUGGUUUGCUGAUCAUCCUCAGGCCCCCUUCGGUCUACAUCGCCUAGUGGAACUUGGGCAGAGCUCUGGCAAGAAGGCAGGAGACUGGUAUGGACCGUCUGUGGUGGCACACAUCCUCAGGAAAGCAGUGGAGAGCUGCUCAGAAGUCACCCGCCUGGUGGUGUACGUCUCUCAGGACUGCACAGUGUACAAGGCAGAUGUGGCACGCCUGGUGUCCUGGCCAGAUCCCACAGCUGAGUGGAAGUCUGUUGUCAUCCUGGUGCCUGUACGACUGGGUGGGGAGACUCUUAACCCUGUGUAUGUGCCCUGUGUGAAGGAGCUUCUGCGCUCAGAACUCUGCCUGGGCAUUAUGGGGGGCAAACCUCGACAUUCACUGUACUUCAUUGGCUAUCAGGAUGACUUUCUGCUCUACCUGGAUCCCCACUACUGCCAGCCCACAGUGGAUGUCAGCCAGGCCAACUUCCCACUGGAGUCCUUUCACUGCACCUCACCCCGCAAGAUGGCCUUUGCCAAGAUGGACCCCAGCUGUACCGUGGGGUUCUAUGCUGGGAACAGGAAGGAGUUUGAGACCCUCUGCUCGGAGCUGAUGAGGAUCCUCAGCUCCUCCUCAGUCACGGAACGUUACCCCAUGUUCACAGUGGCUGAGGGCCAUGCUCAGGACCACAGCCUGGAUGCCCUCUGCACCCAGCUCUCCCAGCCCACACUGCGGCUACCUUGCACAGGACGCCUACUCAAGGCCAAAAGGCCCAGCUCCGAGGACUUUGUGUUUUUAUAAUGGGAAGGGAUGGGGAAGAUGCCAGACUAUUUAUUUUUUUAUUUAUGUCAUGUCAGGUAUGGGAUCUGGAACUCCAGAGGUGGUGCUGGACCCCUGUCCUCAUGUCCCCGAUCCUCCCCAACACAGCUGAGACCUAUCUAGGCCCCCAGCUUGGGGUUGUGCCCUUUAGAGUCCUCACCCCCAGCUGCCCCUGACUCCUCAGGAGCCGGGGAUGGAGUGGGCUCCAGGGCACUCACUCAGGGCCUGAUUCAAGUUCUGUAGCCUGCGCUGGAUGACUGGGAGGACGGACUGACUGACUGCCGGUGGAGGCUGAUAAAGAUGCAGACUUGAAUGUG